GUGACCACAGGGCUAUGUUAAGACUGGGCUUUGGCCCUCUCUACAGCCACUGCCCGCGACAUCUUGCCUGUCUGCAGCUCCUGCCUCAGCCUCGGUCAUCAUCAUGUCCCGUCCAGUGUCACCGACCCGGCCCGCCACGAUCCUGGGCACCAUGAUGAUGGGGAGCCGCAUGGACGCGACCGCCAGCGCCGCGUCGGUUCGCGCCUUCCUGGAGCGCGGCCACACCGAGCUGGACACGGCCUUCGUGUACAGCGACGGCCAGUCCGAGAGCAUCCUGGGCGGCCUGGGGCUCGGGCUGGGCCGCGGUGACUGCAGAGUGAAAAUUGCCACCAAGGCUGCUCCACUGAACGGGAAGUCACUGAACGCUGACGGUAUCCGGUCCCAGCUGGAGACAUCACUGAAGCGGCUGCAGUGUCCCCGAGUGGACCUCUUCUACCUGCACCUGCCUGACCACAGCACCCCUGUGGAAGAGACUCUGCGCGCCUGCCACCAGCUGCACCAGGAGGUGCGGGUGGCCCCAGCGCAGGGAGGUGGUCUCCACUCUUCUCAUCCUGACUCACCGAGAGGCAAGUUUGUGGAGCUUGGCCUCUCCAACUAUGCCUCCUGGGAGGUGGCCGCGAUCUGUACCCUCUGCAAGAAGAAUGGCUGGAUCCUGCCGACCGUGUACCAGGGCAUGUACAACGCCACCACUCGGCAAGUGGAAACAGAGCUGCUCCCCUGCCUCAGACACUUUGGAUUGAGAUUCUAUGCCUACAACCCUUUAGCUGGGGGCCUGUUGACCGGCAGGUACAAGUACGAGGAUAAGGACAAGGAGCAGCCUGUGGGCCGCUUCUUUGGAAACGCCUGGGCCGAGAUCUACAGGAACCGCUACUGGAAGGAGCACCACUUCAAGGCCAUUGACCUGGUGGAAAAGUCCCUGAAGGCCACCUAUGGCUCCAGCGCUCUCAGCAUGACCUCAGCUGCCCUGCGGUGGAUGUAUCACCACUCAAAGCUGCAGGGCACCCACGGGGACGGGGUCAUCUUGGGCAUGUCCAGCCUACAGCAGCUGGAGCAGAGCUUGGCCUUCACUGAAGAAGGGCCACUGGAGCCAGCUGUUGUGGAUGCCUUUGAUAAAGCCUGGCACCUGGCUGCCCAUGAUUGUCCCAACUACUUCCGCUAGCUUGCAUCAGCGUGUAUGCACAAGACACCCUGUCAACUCUUGGCUUUUACUCUGGGCAAUUUUGGCCUUCGGCUGAAGGAGCUGUUUUUUCCCGCCUGGCUUCAGAUGGUUUUCUUGUAUCAGCUUGUGACACACUGAUUGCCUCUGGUGUGAGGAUGGGGCUUAGGUGGCCCAGUACCUCCUGCUGAAUAAAGCUGUCACCUGACUAGGCUGCA